AAGUCGCUGCGAGAAAUCGCUCGCGCGAACGCUUGCGUGGUUUACGGGGCGCCCUGCGGUUCCCUCUGAUCAAUGAAGCUUGGAGGUUGCCCACAUGGCCCCAGACUCAUGAGAGUGCUGGCAUUGCUUUGGGUCACGUUGGGCCCAGUGCAGGCGGCCUUCCUCCGGCCGAAGGGGCAGGCUGCCAAGGGGCAGCUGUCGACCUUGGCUGAACCGCGGGAUGAAUCCGGUGUACGCAAGCCUAAGAUGGACAAGCGUCGCUAUGAGCAUCGGAUGUUGCGUUCGGGGCUGCGAGUGCUGCUGGUGGAAGAUCCAGAGGCUCAGAAGUCCAGCUAUGCCAUGGCAGUGGAGGUGGGGAGCCUGGAAGAUCCCAAGGACUUUCAAGGCUUAGCUCAUUUCUGCGAACACAUGGUCUUUUUGGGUUCCAAGAAAUAUCCAAAGGAAGAUGAGUUCUCCGACAAGCUUGCCUUCUAUGGGGGCACCAACAACGCUUACACUGCCAGCGAUCAGACGGUGUACUUUGCGGAGGUUGAUGAUAAAGGCUUCGACGAGACUUUCGACAUUUUUGCGCAGUUUUUCAUUGAGCCCUCCUUUGCCCCGAAGAUGGUGGACAAGGAGGUGAAUGCGGUGGAUUCGGAGCACAAGAAGAAUAUGGCGGACACCACGUGGCGGCUUAUCCAUCUCUUAAAAUCUCGCGCCAACCCCAAGAGCCCUGUCAGCAAGUUCUCCACUGGCACCUUGGAGACCCUGAAGUUGGAACCUGAGAAGGCUGGCAAGAGCUUGCCGGAAGCUUUGCAGAAGUUCCACCAGGAGAACUACUGUUCGUCCCGCAUGCACUUGGUGCACCUUGGCCCAAGAUGCCGCGCCGGCUCUGGAUGCGGCCGAGUGAUCAUGCGCAAUGCUUCCAUCGAGCAGCAGCUGGCGGCUGCGGAACGAAGCUUCGGAUCGUUGUCGUCCAAGGGCUGCGAGGCGCGGCCCUACUACGAUGACAUCCCCAUGUGCCGUGGCAGGGAAGGAUGGGCACUGAGGUUUAGCCAUGAGCUGGACAAUUUGGGAAGGAAGUUCAAGGUGCACACUGAUGGCUCACCCCAACUCUGGCUGACGUUCCCCAUGAUGUCCUUGCAGGGCCAGUAUAAGACCAUGCCAGAGGCUUACAUCAACUAUGCGCUCAGUCAUUACGGCCCAGGUGUGCGGGCUGAGGGUUGGAGAUGUAGUUUGAAGGCGCUGCUGAAGCGUGAAGACUUGGCGCUGCACUACUCCACCAUGCUGGAAACCACACCUGCGGGAAGCGUGCUGACCCUGAUCUUCUCCUUGACCCCGAAAGGUGCGGAGGAAUCGGAUCGCAUCAUUGAGCACACCUUCGCGUACUUCAAUACCAUCAAAAAGAACGGGGUCGACAAAGCUUUGAUUCAGACCAUGAAAUCCUUGAACCAAGUGAUGUUCGAUUACCAGGAUCGUUCGGGCUCGGACUCGGGCUUUGUGACGUCGCUGGCCGGGUCUCUGCCCAAGGUGCAGUUUCGCGACGUGCUGACAGGGGGUGUCCUGAUCGACACGGUAAAUGUCUCGAUGACCCAGAAGCUCAUGGAAGCGAUUCAUCCACAGAACAUGAACGUGGCGUUGGUCACAAAUAACUUGGUGGAGGGCCCGGAACAGAAACAUGAGAAGUACUACGACUUCAACUACACUGAGGAGGCCCUGCCCGCGGCGCAGCUGCUCCGCUGGGCCAGCGCCGAGUCGCCCGAGCUGUGGGUGCCGCCGCGGCCGCAGUACGUGCCGCAGCGGCUGGAGCUGAUUGAGGAAGACAAACCUCAGAUCCGCCCGAAGAAGAUUCAGGACACGUCCUCGCUGCAGCUUUGGUGGUUGGGUCUUGGUGGCUUCCAAAUUCCCAAGGAUCCGGGAAAUGCAGUGGUUGCACUGGCUGACAUGGUGCUGAGUUUCCAGCCUGUGGAGCGCUCCCCACCCAAGGCGCAAGUGCAAAUCAAAGUGAAGCAUCCGCGCUCAGUGCUUGCCAGCCCUGCGCGUGCGGUGUUGAGUGCGAUGCAUGCGAGGUUUUUGCAGUCACAAAUCUUCUGGACCAUGGUAGAUCGCCUAGGUCCUGGAGGAACCUUCCGAUGCCUUCCAGAUGUGUGGGAUCAGCUACAGCGUGGCCAGUGUGGCUUGGUGCUGGUGGGUUGCCUGGAAAGUACAGGGGCAUCCGACGGUCUCAGCGUCUCCUUCAGCGGCUUCAACGAACACCUCGCGCAGCUGCAGCAGCUGGUGCUGCCCAAGCUCCGGGAACCGCAGGUGAAGAGCAGCGACUUCGAAAUGAUUCGCCGGCAGAUGAUGCUGGAGCUGCAGGAUGUCACCAGUCAGCAGCCGUAUCAGCACGCCCUGGAAGCCUUGGAGCUGGUCAGCGUCACUCAGACGCACAGCCGCAAGGCCAUGCUGCAGGCUGUGCAGGAUGUGUGGGCCGUCAGCCUGACGGAGCACCAAGCCAUGCUGGACGAGAUCUUGGCAGCGCCGCAGCUGCUGGUGCUGGUCAGCGGCAACCUGGCGCCCAGCGACGCGACGCUGGGCGAGAUCAAAGAAGCAUUUGAUCUCUUCGACACGGAUGGCUCAGGUGAGAUCGAUUCCAAGGAGUUGAAGGUGGCCAUGAGGGCCCUCGGCUUCGAGCCCAAGAAGGAAGAGAUCCAGAAGAUGAUUUCUGUGCCCCGGCUCCAGGUGGAUGCAGAUGAUUUUUGGGGAGAUUGCUUGAUGUUGGCGUUGAUGUCAAGCUCAAUUUUUGUGGAAGUGGAGUGCUUCAGGGACAGUGGGAAUGGGGAUGUGGAUGACGAUGGUUCCGGCACCAUUGGCUAUGAGGAGUUCCUGAAGAUGAUGACCCACAAAAUCCUGAACCGCGAUCCAAAGGACGAGCCUUGGCGUUGUGCUGGCAUGUGCUGGCCUGCCUCUGAGACGGUUGGAGUUCUGACACCUCUGACACCAGAAGAAACCAUGGAAACGGGGAAGAUCAGCUUCAAAAACCUGAAGCGCGUGGCCAAGGAGCUGGGCGAACGCAUGACCGACGAGGAGCUCCAGGAGAUGAUCGACGAGGCGGACCGCGACGGGGACGGCGAGGUCAACGAGGAAGUGCCUUGGAGCCCGGAGCGCGGAGCUGGAGAUGGGGCCAUGGGUUCGGAAGUAUUGUAA